CCCAGUUAUAAUUGGCUUGGUGCUCUUCUCACUAUUUUUGUGCAUUUGUCCCCCAUGCCAUGCAAGUGGUAGUGAGAUGGAGUAUCUCAAAAAGGUAAUGAAUUCUCAAAGUUCAUCAUUAGGGUCUCUUCUAGAUGCCAAUUGGAAGCAUUUGAACUCAAAGGAAAGCAUAUCUUCGUCCAUGAGUAUUGGACAAAAGGACGGGUCGAUGGAGGCCGAUAAGGUGGACUCAUUGCCCGGCCAACCAAAGGGGUUGGGAUUCAACCAAUAUGCUGGUUAUGUAACAGUGGAUGCUCAUUCUGGCAGAGCACUGUUUUAUUACUUUGUUGAGUCCCCUCAAGAUUCAUUGAGAAAGCCUUUGGUAUUGUGGCUCAAUGGAGGUCCAGGGUGCUCCUCUUUUGGUUUUGGAGCAAUGUUAGAAUUUGGGCCAUUCAGAGUCAAUAGCGAUGGAGAAAUGCUCUACACAAAUGAAUAUGCAUGGAAUAAAGUGGCCAAUAUCAUCUUCUUGGAAUCACCUGCUGGUGUUGGAUUCUCGUAUUCAAACUCGACUUCAGAUUAUAAAUCUAGUGGAGAUAAGAGAACUGCCGAUGAUACCUAUAUGUUUCUUAUAAAUUGGCUGGAGAGGUUUCCCCAGUACAAAUACCGUGAUUUCUACAUCAUGGGAGAGAGUUAUGCUGGUCAUUACGUACCAGAGCUUGCAGAUACUAUCAUCACAAAGAAGAAGCACAUAAACUACACAAAUAUCAACCUUAAAGGCAUUGCUAUUGGAAAUGGAUAUUUUGAUGGGGUUACAAAUUUCAAGGCUAUGAUUGAUUACAUCUGGACACAUGCAUUGAUCUCGGAUGAAACUCAUGCGGCUGUUCUAUCUACAUGCAACUUUAUUAAUGGGAAUUUUAGUGAAAAGUGUUAUAAUGCUUUAAUAUUUGCCUCCAUAGAGAUUGGAAAUAUAGAUGGCUAUAACAUCUACGCUCCCAUUUGCCACGUUCUCCCCAAAGCAAAAAACACAACUACUAGUUCGGACAUUGAUCCAUGUGCUGAAUUCUAUGUGAUCGCAUAUCUUAAUCGUCCUGAAGUGCAAUAGGCUCUUCAUGCAAAUAUUACAGGAUUGCCAUAUCCAUGGACUGUUUACAGUGGACUGGAUUGGAAUGACACACCAAGAACAAUGUUACCUACAAUCAAGAAGCUUAUUGGAAGUGGCAUCAAAGUUUGGCUUUACAGUGGGGAUUUGGAUACAGUGUGUUCUGUGACAUCAACUCGAUACUCUAUUAAUAAGUUACAUCUCACCAUCAAAACACCAUGGCGGCCAUGGUACGUCAAUGAAGAGGUUGGUGGAUAUGUUGUUGGCUAUGAAGGACUAACAUUUGCCACAGUGAGGGAAGCAGGGCAUAUGGUCCCAAGAAAUCAACUAGAAAGAGCACUGGCCAUGAUCACAUCAUUCCUUAAAGGAGAGCUUCCACCUAUUGCAUAAUA